UUCAUGGCAUCGCACGGGUUGACUUGACGGCAUUUGUUAAUUUUUCGACUUUUCGUGACAGCACGUCAUUUUCGACAUUUGAUUGAUAAUUUUCCAAAGAUCCAUCAAAUUAGUUUGUUUGAAAGUUAGUUUGGGCGCUAAAUGUUUAUGGCGUAUAAAUAAUCGUUCGUGAUAGAUAUGUGAGGAAGCGUAGGCCAUAUUUGGUUGGGUCUACACAAGCUUUACAAUGAGUGUUCAGAAAUGCGUCGUGGAGGGUUGCAACUUGGAGUACGAUGUGGUUUGCAGCUUCUCCUUCUACAAUGCCAAUAUAUCAACGGAACAAGAGAACAAGCGCCAAGACUGGAUCGAGGGCGCCAUGCAGGAAGAGAGUGAGUGCCUUUGGCGACACGUCAGCCUCCAUCUGUGUGGGUACCACUUCGAGCUGGACAACCAGGGUCUCUGGAUAGACUCCCCGAUGCUCCCGGAACUCUUGACCCCUCAAGAGAAGGAACUCCACGUUCCAACCGAGGAGGAGAAGAAAGCGUUGGAGUUGAUCCGUAUAGAACACAAUUACACCGUAGAAGUUCAGGAGAAAGCGCCCGAAGUGAUAUCCAGACUGAAUGUGAGGCAGUUGGUGGACACUCUUGGCUAUCUAUCCCUCAAGAACCUUCAGCGCAAGCAACUGUGGGUUGUCAAGGUGGAGACUGACAAGGCUGAAGCGUCCAUCACCCAAUCGGAACAAGUCAUCACCAAAAUGCAGGAUCCUAAGCAGAUCAUAGAGAUAGUACCCCAAACUUCGACAUCCGGUGAAGUCCAACCUGGCCAGAGUGAAGUUCUGCAGAUUAUGGAGGACGGCACCAUUCCUGACACCUUCAUAUACGAGAUCGCUGAGGAGCAGGAGAUCACCAUGGAGGAGGUCAAAGAGAUACCAGCGGCUGAGAACACAGAGUGGAUGGUCAACAUCAUACCCGAAGACAACAAACCCAAAUACGCUUACAUCAAGCACUGCAACACUGGCAAGAAGAAACGCCACUUCACAGCUGAGAUGAACGAGAUCACCCUUCAGGGCGACUUCGACAACUAUUACAUCCUGCCGGACGUAGACCCGUCAUCAGGAGUCGAAAUAACAACUAGCUACGAACCCGAGAACUAUAUCGUCGAGGAAUACCAGCAUCUGGUGCUCGAGGACAGGCCGAGGAAACGCAAGGAGCCAACCGACUCCGGCAAGAAGAAGAGGAAGAAGUUCUCAGCUGUGCGGGAGCAAGUGAAACAGUUGCAGAUUAAGAGCGAGGAUGGUGAUUGGGUUAUUGAGAACACACCCGUUGAGUUUGAGCAGCCCGUUGAGGUGUACGAGGAGCCCCAGAAGACUCCAAGGGUCCGGAGAAAAAAUAAAAAGUAUUUAGACUGAAAACUGGUAUGGCGGGUAUCGCGUGCGAAGUAGUGUACGAGUGAACGACGCGCGCAGCCAAUCACAGGAGGGCAUCGGAUGAACCGCCGGGGUCGCUCUGUAAAUACUGUUCGAGGGAUAUGAAAUGAAAACGAAAAUUUUUAGCAAGCGGGAAAAAUUACAUUGAAAGAUUUCCGUACUCAUCCAUCAUUUUAUAAUAGUUGUUGUUGAAAGAGACAGAUCUGCCUCCUUUUAAUUAGUUUAAUAUGAAAGAG